AUGUUAGCCAUAUUUGUCCAGGAAGUCCUCGCCAAGGUCCAGGCACCCAUGCAGCUGAGCCCUCCAAUUUCAGCCAGGAGUAUCUCAGCAAAGUCUCCUCCGUCCUGUCUCUUGUCCAAUUUCCUUAACAAGACAGCGCACUCAAGUUCAGCCUCAUCUUUCUGGAAAACCUGUGUCCCCCCCACGCCGUCCCAGUGCCAUCUAUUUUGCAUUCUCCGUGACAAUCACUGGGCACGCAAAUAUAUCUCUGUCCUCACUGUGCCUAAUGGAGGCCACUGGAGCCACUGGGGGAGUCGGCAAUUUUGUCGCUACGGCUAUGCCAGUGGAUUUGAGCUGAAGGUGGAGCCCUCCCAGUCUGGAAGAGAUAACACAGCGCUGAAUGGCAUACGUCUGCGUUGUCAAGAUAACUCAAUCAUUGAGUCUUUAGUGGGGAAGUGGGGAACCUGGACCAGCUUCCAGGUUUAUCCUAGAGGUUACUUGAUCUCCUUCUCACUGAGAACAGAGAAAUCUCAAGGAGGAGGUGAUGAUACAGCAGCCAACCACAUCCGGUUCAGAUGCUCAGAUGCAACUGUGCUAGUAGGUGAUGGACUUUCGUGGGGUAGUUUUGGCCCAUGGAGCAACAGCUGCAACAUAUGUGGUCUCCAGACGAAGGUGGAGCCCCCACAGGGGCUUCAGGAUGACACAUCGCUCAACAAUGGGAAGUUCUUCUGCUGUAGCGGAGCACUUUCUCCAUCUUCAUCACUGCCUCACACAUCCCACAACAAAUGA